GGCUGGGACCAGCAGACGGACUAGCGCGGAUCCUGUGGCGAACCGCACGCACUCACGCACGCACGCACGCACUCGAACCACGGACGAACAGCAAAAGCAAUGAUCACCAGGACUGUAGCUUUGGUUGCGCUGGCAGUCGCCCAGGCGUGCGCCUUUUACGACUGCCCCGGCUGGAACUACCCCGGGUACCUCGGCGGACCGUGGGGGUACCCCGGAGACCUCUUCGGCGGCUACCACGUGCACCCGCUCGCCGAAGGCGGCGGCGGCGCCGCGGCCAAGACCAAGACGACUACCACCUCCACGUCCACCAGCGAGGCGGUAGCCGCCCCCGGCUCAGGAGGGACAGCCGCCGUCACCAGCAGCACGUCGACUUCCUCGGCGACCGUGGCCGACGGCGAUGGUGCCGGGGCGGUCUCCCCCGCGUCCGGUCUCCACGGGCUGCCUCCCCACUGCGGCUGGGGCUACCCUCCUUUCUGGGGCUACCCUCCCUUCUGGGGCUACCCUCCCUCCUGGGGCUACCCCGCCGCGGAGACGUCUUCGUCGUCGGCGAGCUCCUCCUCGAGUUCUGCGGCGGCCGCCUCCGACGGGGCCGGCGGCGCCUCGAGUAGUUCCGCCGCCUCCUCCUCCUCGUCCGCGAGCGACGCCCCCUUGUACAACCAGGGCUACCCGUGGGGGGGAUGCGGGUACCCGGGGAACCACUGGGGGUACCCGGGCGUCGGCGUCUUGCCGGGCGUCGGUGCCGCGGCCUUCAGCGGCGCAGGCGUCGGCGGGUUCGGCGCCCCGGGCGUCUGGGGCGGCCUCGGGGGCCCGGCGCCGUGGGGCGGCAACCUGUACGGUGCCGCGGGCGCCGCCGCCGCCGCCGCCUCGUCGGCGGUCGCCGCCCCCGGAGGCUACUUCUUCUGACGCCCGCCCUCGUAAAACCCUCGUAACCCUCGUGACCUAGCAACGGCAAACACACCACCACGAUUUCCAGCAGGAUGGAAGUCUUGGACGGGGCGACUAUACUACCACAGUUUUUUUUGUAUACCACUUUGUAAAAAUAUAGCUACAUAAAUUAGUGCAAUUUAAA